CCUGUCAUUCCCUCCCUUCCUUCCUCACCAGGCUGUGACACAGGCUUCGGGAAGGCUGCAGCGUGGCGUCUGGACGCCCAGGGUUUUCAGGUGUUUGCUACGGUAUUGGAUCUGUGUGGGGAGGGAGCCAGGGAGCUCCAGAGGACCUGCUCCCCUCGUCUCACCCUACUACAGGUGGACAUCACCCAGCCACAGCAGGUCCAACAGGCUCUUCUAGACACCAAGGCCAAACUGGGCCUCAGAGGUCUGUGGGGCUUGGUGAAUAAUGCAGGAGUAUGUGUUAACUUCGGGGAUGCAGAGUUGUCUCUGAUGUCUAACUACCGUGGCUGUAUGGAGGUUAACUUCUUUGGGACUCUGAACGUCACCAAGACAUUCCUGCCUCUGCUGCGUCAGGCCAAGGGACGUAUCGUCACUAUCUCCAGCCCUGCAGGAGAGCAGCCGUUCCCCUGUCUAGCAGCGUACGGAGCCUCCAAGGCAGCUCUCAACCUGUUCAUCAACACACUGCGCCACGAAAUGGAACCCUGGGGGGUCAAAGUGUCCACCAUACUGCCAUCCUCAUACAAGACAGGUCAGUCUAGUAACCAGGAGUACUGGGAGCGUCAGUACAAGACCCUGAUCCACAACCUGUCCGCAGGCCUGCUGGAGGAGUACGGGGAGGACUACACCCGUGAGACCAAGGACCUCUUCCAGCGCUUCGCCCAGUCGGCUAACGAGGACCUGUCGCCAGUCGUCAACACCGUCAGUGAGGCGCUGCUCUCCCCCCGGCCCCUGGUCCGAUAUUACGCUGGGCCCGGCGUGGGCCUCAUGUACUUCAUUUAUAGUUAUUUCCCUCUGAGUCUCUCAGACAAGUUCCUCCAGAGACUGUUUGUCCAGAAGAAGAUCAUCCCCCGAGCGCUGAGGAAAGAGAAUGGUCUCAACGGCAGCCUCAGCCUCAACAACAACAACAACAAUAACAACAACAACAACGCGGAGAAGAUAAAGAAGUAAAACAAUGAGAUGUGUGUUUGUUUUGAGGUAAAAACAAAAACAAAGUGGAAGCUGUAGGACCACUUACGUCAGGUUAAAACACGCUCAUAGUGUCGUUGUCUAUUUCUGUUUGAAUAUUGUGGUUUUACAUUGGUUUUCAUAUUGAAGGGCUCAUUACAUUGGUGUUCAUAUUGAAGGGCUCAUUACAUUGGUGUUCAUAUUGAAGGGCUCAUUGAAGAUGUAUUUGAGUGGCUUCUCCUCCUGGUAAACGGCACACCAACAUAGCUGGCACACAGAGACAUAUAUUUAGAGAGUUUGGCCCAACUUUUAGAACCGACGCCAUGUUAGCACCUUAAUAUAUGGCUGGCACAAACACGGCUGGCACCAACAUGGCUGGCACCAACAUGGCUGGCACCAACCAGGCUGGCACAAACAUGGCUGGCACCAACACGGCUGGCACAAACACGGCUGGCACAAACACGGCUGGCACAAACACGGCUGGCACAAACACGGCUGGCACCAACACGGCUAGCACCAACACGGCUGGCACCAACAUGGCUGGCACAAACAUGGCUGGCAUCAACACGGCUGGCACCAACACGGCUGGCACAAACACGGCUGGCACAAACACGGCUGGCAUCAACAUGGCUGGCAUCAACAUGGCAUGGCUGGCACCAACACGGCUUGCACCAACACGGCUGGCAUCAACACGGCUGGCAUCAACACGGCUGGCAUCAACAUGGCUGGCUCAAACACGGCUGGUAUCAACACGGCUGGCACCAACACGGCUGGCACCAACAUGGCUGGCACCACAGAGCUCUGGAAAUACACCAGUCUGUCACAUCACCACAGAGCACCUGGAAAUACACCAGUCUGUCACAUCACCACAGAGCACCUGAAAAUACACCAGUCUGUCACAUCACCACAGAGCACCUGGAAAUACACCAGUCUGUCACAUCACCACAGAGCUCUGGAUUCAAGGAUCUUAUAGAUGUUCAAUUAUAUUUGCUGAUGUUAUUUUUAAUUUGAACAGUUCGUCGUUGUUGUGCGUCUCUUUGUAUUGUAUUUUUCACUCCACUGAAUGUUCUUCUUCAAUCAGAGUAGCUAUGCCAGUUUUAUUUCAUGAAUCACUGAAACUGUGAAUUUUACAUAAAAAAAAUUAUUCUUAAAAAUAUUGUUAAAAUAAUGUACAUUUUUCACCUAUUGUUCACCUAACUUUGGUAAUAUUAAAAGUUGACUUUUUAAAA